CCUCGUCUGCGCGCUGUGCUUAUAAUCAUUAUUCAUAACCGCACAGUUUCUCCAGCUGUCUACAUUGUACGUACUAUUUACAUAAUAUCAUCCAUAGGCCGCAGAAAAGAAAAAUUAAUAUGCUCUCGAAGGCAAGGUUUCUCGUGACGAACCUGUCCCCACUGCGGCAGCUCCAGCAAGCAUGCCGUGCCGUUCAUAUUUCCGAAGCAAACGUCCUGGCCACGGAGGUGAACCGGCAAUCGCCGGAGUACAAGGAAAAUUACUCGCAGAUGCGCGAGUUGGUCGAUGAGUUGAGGUCAAUCACGGAGAACGUACUCAAUGGGGGUGGACCGGAAGCGAUCAAGCGGCACACCAGCAAGGGGAAGCUACUGGCCCGGGAACGUAUCAACAAAUUGAUUGAUCCCGGUUCACCGUUCCUGGAACUAAGCUCCCUGGCGGGACACGAGAUGUACGGUAAGGAUGUGAUCAAUGCUGGCGGAAUUGUAACAGGUAUUGGCCGGAUUCAGGGUGUUGAUUGUGUGAUCGUUGCCAACGAUGCCACGGUGAAGGGUGGAAGUUACUAUCCGAUCACAGUGAAGAAGCACCUCCGAGCGCAGGAAAUAGCCCAGGAGAAUAACUUGCCUUGCAUUUAUCUGGUGGAUUCGGGUGGUGCAAAUCUUCCACGCCAGGCGGAGGUGUUUCCGGAUAAGAUGCACUUCGGUAGGAUUUUCUACAAUCAGGCAAACAUGUCGGCGCUAGGAAUUCCUCAAAUUGCCGUCGUGAUGGGAUCGUGCACGGCGGGUGGUGCUUACGUUCCGGCGAUGGCUGACGAAAGCAUUAUCGUCAAGAAGCAGGGUACAAUCUUCCUGGCGGGUCCCCCAUUGGUGAAGGCAGCCACCGGAGAAGUGGUAUCGGCCGAGGAUCUCGGUGGAGCUGAUCUGCACUGUCGCACGUCCGGUGUGACGGACCACUACGCCGUGGACGAUGAGCAUGCACUGUACCUGGCAAGACAGGUGGUGCAGAAUUUGAACCGCCCUAGUUCCUACGAUGAGAGUGCCGGUUAUUCGACAAAGGCGAUGAUGAACCACGAUGGGCUUAGUUUCUUGCCCGAUACCGAGCCACCACGUUACGAUCCAGCGGAGCUGUAUGGGAUCGUCGGUGCCAACCUGACUCGAUCGUUCGAUGUGCGCGAGGUUAUUGCUCGUAUCUUCGAUGGAAGCAAGUUUACCGAGUUCAAAAAAUUCUACGGAGAGACGAUCGUCUGCGGGUAUGCUCGAUUGUACGGUCAGCUGGUCGGCGUGAUUGGAAACAAUGGUGUGCUGUUCUCCGAAAGUGCCCUCAAAGGAGCACACUUUAUAGAGCUGUGUACCCAGAAGAAGAUUCCGCUGAUCUUCCUGCAGAAUAUUACGGGUUUCAUGGUCGGUCGGGAUGCCGAAGCAGGUGGAAUUGCCAAGAAUGGUGCCAAGAUGGUCACAGCAGUGGCUUGUGCAAAUGUGCCGAAGCUGACGCUGAUCAUCGGAGGAUCAUACGGAGCGGGUAACUAUGGUAUGUGCGGCCGUGCCUACUCACCAAGGUUCAUGUACAUGUGGCCAAAUAGUCGCAUCUCGGUGAUGGGUGGCUCGCAGGCUGCCGGAGUGCUUGCUCAGAUCACCGAAGAGCAGUACAAACGCACCGGGAAGCAGUGGACCGAAGAUAUCGGUAAUAAGAUCAAAGAACCGAUCGUCCAGCAGUUCGAAAAGGAGGGCUCACCGUACUUCAGUACGGCUCGUCUCUGGGAUGACGGUAUCAUUGAUCCAGUGGACACCAGAAAAGUACUCGGGCUGAGUCUGCAAGCUGCCCUGAACAAGCCGAUCGGCGAUACCAAGUUUGGAAUUUUCAGAAUGUAACGGGAUCCCCGAUACG